GAGGGGAGAUGCGAGAGGAGGGGCAAUCGCAGGUGGGCGGGACGCGGGGCGGGCCCCGGGCCCGGCAGGGAAGUCCGGAGUCGGAGCCAGGCGCCCACAGGCGGCCGCGGCCUCUCGCUGCCCUGGGGGCUUCCCCCGGGUCCGUGGAAGCCCUGGGGGCGCGCGGGGCGGCGCGCGCGCGGGGCGCCGGAGACCGCGGGUCCCGGGGCCCCGCGCGCGGGGGGCGGCCGCCCUUCCGCGGUCCCGGCGGGUGGCUGCUGUUGGCUUGCUGGCUCUGGCUGCCCGCGCGCUGCCCCGGCCGCUCCCCCGGCGCCGGCGAGCUGCGGUGCCUGCAGAUGUCGGCCUUCGCCAACCGCAGCUGGGCGCGCUCCGACGUCCUGGCGCUGGUCGGGGGGCUGCGCGCCUACCGCUGGGACGGCGCCUCGGACGCCGUGAGCUUCCUCACGCCCUGGGCCCGGGGCUCGUGGGGCCAGCGGCGGUGGGACGACCUGCAGCACCUGUUCCGCGUGUACCGCAGGAGCUUCACCCGCGACGUGCAGGAGUUCGUCAAAAUGCUGCGCUUGGACUAUCCCUUUGAGAUCCAAGUGUCCGCUGGCUGUGAGGUUCUCCCCGGGAACACCUCGCAAAGCUUCUUCCACGCGGCCUUCCAAGGACAGGAGAUCCUCCGUUUCCAAGGCACUUCUUGGGUGCCCUCCCCAAGUGCCCCCGUCUGGGCAGACAGGGCCUCCGGGAAGCUCAACGAGGACCAGGGGACCCGGAAAACGCUACAGUUGCUUCUCAAUGACACCUGCCCCCUGUUUGUCAGGGACAUCCUGGAGGCAGGGAAGUCGGAGCUGGAGAAGCAAGUGAAGCCCGAGGCCUGGCUGUCCAGUGGCCCCAGUCCCGGUCCUGGCCGUCUGCUGCUGGUGUGCCAUGUGUCCGGCUUCUACCCGAAGCCAGUGUGGGUGACGUGGAUGCGGGGUGAGCAGGAGCAGCCGGGCACCCGGCGCGGCGACGUCCUGCCCCACGCUGACGAGACGUGGUAUCUUCGGGUGACCCUGGACGUGGCGGCCGGGGAGGCGGCCGGCCUGUCUUGCCGAGUGAGGCACAGCAGUCUAGGAGGCCGGGACAUGGUCCUCCACUGGGGGUCCCCCACGGGGCUGAUCGCCGUGGCCGUGCUGCUGUCCCUUGUGAUCACUGGGUGCGUUGGAUACUUAACCCUCAAGAGGCGCUGCUCCUAUCAAAACAUCCUGUGACUGUGCUUACGGCACCUGUUGGCCUGGGACUCAGGACCCCAAGUUCCCAGGACGGCAGCUCAGCCGCUGAGGGUGAAAGAGAGGUGCCCUGAAGAGGCAGGCGGUUGUCACAAGGCUGCUCUCAACGCAUCCUUUCGACAUUUCAUCUAAGAAGAUUUAAGUUCUUUUUCACUGUACUGCAAGUUUCUAAGCCCAAGUGGUUCUACA